GAGUAGCGCCGCGCCGCCACCAAGAACCCAAGAGCAGCAGAAGAAGCGCGGACAACUCGGGAUCGAGAGUUCCCUGGAAAAAUCCGCAGAGCGUUCUCGAGCUCGAGCAGGAGAAGCAAAUUCCCAAAUGGAAGUCGUCUGCCCGAUCGACGAGAAGUGCGCCCCUGAAAUCGCCGCCCUCCUCCAACCCCUCCUCCUCGCGAAAUCCAGGAUUACUUUGACCAGCUUUUGGCCUCGCGGGAGGGCUGCCGCCUCAAGGUGAGACAAGACGGCGAAUUCGGGAAAGGUGUAUAUGCUGAUGUGGAUUUUAAAGAAGGGGAGCUUCUCUUAAGGGAUCAAAUGCUUUUUGGGUGUCAACAUCCCUCAAAUAAGAUUGAUUGUCUAGUAUGUAGUUUCUGUUUUCGCUUUAUUGGGACAUUAGAACUUCAAAUUGGAAGAAGAUUGUUUUUUCAAGAUUUGGGUCUCUCUUCAAGCCAUGAAUGUGAUACCGGCUCAUGCUCCGAUGUUUCGAAUGAGCAUGGUGCAUCUGACUCAUCUGAUGGGGACGACGUCACAGAUGAGAAAGGUUAUGACGACUCUCGUGGAUGUGCUUCAGGAAGCAAGAGAGCAAAAGUUCCUUUGCCUGGGGAAAUUGUUGAAUCAUUGAUGAAUGGUGAAAUAGUAUUGCCAUGCUCGGACAAAUUUUCCUCGCCACCAGUUAUUCCAUGUUCUGGGGGAUGUCAAGAAGCUUACUAUUGCAGCAAAGUGUGUGCAGAUGCUGACUGGAAUUCAUCUCAUUCUUUACUGUGCACUGGAGAGAAGUCAGAAGCCUUUUCCACAAAGGCUCUUCUCCGAUUCAUACAACAUGCUAAUGAAACAAAUGACAUUUUCAUUCUGGCAGCCAAAGCAAUAGCAUACACUAUAUUAAGGUAUAGGAAGUCAAAAGCAAUUCUUCUGAGUAGUUAUAUGAAGGACACGGCUCAUGUUAUGGACAACUUUCAUAUGCCCUUACUUUUAGAAGCAUGGAAGCCAAUAUCAGUUGGUCACAAGAGAAGGUGGUGGGACUGCAUAGCAUUACCAGAGGAUGUUGAUCCUUCUGAGGAAGCUGUAUUUAGGAUGCAAAUUAAAGAGCUUGCCUUUACGUCAUUGCAACUCCUGAAGGCAGCUAUCUUUGACAAAGAAUGUGAACCAUUAUUCUCACUUGACAUUUAUGGGCAUAUCAUUGGAAUGUUUGAGCUGAAUAAUCUUGAUCUGGUUGUAGCAUCUCCUGUGGAAGAUUACUUGUACAUUGAUGAUCUACCAUCUCCUGAGAAGGAAGAAGCCAAGAAAGUAUCUCAACCAUAUUUGGAUGCCCUUGGUGAUGAGUAUGCAGUUUGUUGUGAGGGCACGGCAUUUUUCCCCUUGCAGAGCUGCAUGAAUCAUUCCUGCCAUCCUAAUGCCAAAGCUUUCAAAAGAGAGGAGGAUAGAGAUGGUCAAGCAACGAUAGUGGCAUUGAAGCCCAUUUCGAAGGGAGAAGAGGUCACCAUUUCAUACAUAGAGGAGGAUUUACCCUUUGAAGAGAGGCAAGCACUGCUUGCGGAUUAUGGUUUCACGUGCAAGUGUGUGAAGUGCCAAGAAGAAUCUUAAUGGACACUGUAUGCAUAAGUUUGCAUCUAAUGUUCGCUCACAUCACAGGUUAUGGUGUAACGGUUCAAUUGUGGUCAUAAAAGCUGUAACAACAUAAGUGCGACUUAAUUAAAUGUGUUUGAUUAAUCGAUAUC